AAUCAAGUCAUCAAAUGAACUUCUCCCCCACACCAUUCACACAUGAGAGACAACAAGGACAUCUCACUCACCCACCCUCCUAUUAUUUCGGCCCUAGCAUCAAGUAGGGAGGAAAGGAGUCUCAAAAACAUCAUCUCCACCAGCUCUACUCGAGCUAAGAACAAGGGGAAAGAAGGAAGCAAGAAGAGAGGAGGCUGCCAACCAGUUCGUACAAUUUCAACCCUCGAGAUUGUUCACUUCAUAUCUCACGCAUCUCUUAUCCAAUAAGCUCGAGUAAGGUGUCAUUAGAUAGGUCUUGAAGAGAGCUUUCAUACGAGGUGCUGCACUUAAGGAUACGAGGUGUUUACAGCUCAAAAAGGGCAGAUAAACACACGAGGUCUUUUACCAAGAUAUUAUAGACUUCUCGAGGAAUCUAGGAGUGGCCGGAAAAGUCGCCGGAGCCGCCGGAGUUUUCGCCGGAAAAUUCAAAAGUCGCCGGAGUUCGAACAAAGAAGAUAAAAGCUUGCUAGCGUCAUUUCAAGGUUGAAGCUAGAGCUUACUUCCUGCACCCGUUGCUCGGGAGAUCGAUGGAGAGAAGACGUGGUUCGUGCUUCCUCUGGUUCUAUUUCUAAAUAAUUAAAUAAUGCUCAUGGAACUAUUUUGACUUAUAAAUUAAUGGAGCCUGCGAGCUCUUGUUUUACCCUUGUGUGGGUUCUUAUUAAACACUUAUAUUCCGCGAUGUGUUUAAUUGUAUGUUGAUGUUGUUAUGUAUGUUUACUAAUCGGUUUUGGCAUAUGUAUCUAACAGACGUCUUGUGCAAUUCGGUAAGGAUGAACUGCGGUUAUCCUUAUUGGGUUGUACGACGGUUGUCCACGUGGCACAGACGCGGUCUGGGGCGUGACAAUUAAGUGGUAUCAGAGCCAUACGAUUUCUAAACUAUAUAGUCAACAUCUCAACAAAGUUUCUAUUAUAACAGUUUUUCAAUGAAAACCAUGAGCAUAAGUUUUGUACUUUAAGAGCAUUUGGUUAUCGAGUUGCAAGGUCUUUGGUUGUUAAGACGGGCCCCUUAACAAUUGGUAUGGCAGUGACUUGAGCCAAGUUGUGUCUUGAGUACGUUUCUGUCAAUUGACAUUCAAACGAGUCCAAAGACUCAUUCCAACAUAUUCUUUCAGGAAUGGGUGGUAGUGAUAGGGCGGUUCGAGGAAAUCCGAGAGGGCGCGCACCGGGGAUAGCCGGGCAAGCCAAUCGGGGGAUAUCAAUGUCGCGUAAGAGGCGAGGUAUGGGCAAUCAAGGCCCACGAACACGAGCCGCGAUGGCUGAUCACAAUGUGACUGAAUUCGAGGCGUGGGACUCGGAGGAUGACUCAACUUAUCACCCUGAAAGCGAGUCAGAUGAAACUUCUUUUGAAGAAAACAGUGGGGAGGAUAUACAUAGUAUUCCUCCUGACCAGGUUAGUGAAAUGUACCGAUGGUACCAACGUGAAAGGGGAAGACAACGACAGGGAUCUCAGGAGGGACAUGUCAGAGGCGAGACUUCUCUCAGGAGGGGUCGGGGUGCUCACAGAGCACAAGUUAGGACAGUCAGGGAUUCUGAUGGUGAAGGACCACUCUUUAAAAUCUCAAAGUAUCUCAAAGAGGCUAGAGCCUUGGGGUGCAAACCAUUUGAUGGGACGGAGGACAUAUCGGAAGCAGCCGAGUGGAUAAAAAGGUUGAAUGAUGCAGCUAAUGACAUGCAGGUGGUCUCUGAACGAAAGUUAAGGGUUGCCACUAGAUUAUUGGAGGGUUUAGCUUCUACUUGGUGGGAAGGCACCAAGGGUAAGUUUGACGGGGUUGUCACGUGGGACAACUUCGAGCAAGCAUUCUAUGAGCAGUUUUACACCUCUUUCGAAGUAAAUCGAAAGAGGAGGGAAUAUAUCGAUCUCAAACAGGGAAAUGAGUUUACGGUGAAGCAACUGGAACAAAGAUUCCGACAUCUGGCAAGGUUCUUGCCUGAAUAUGCCGCAAAUGAGAAUCGAAUGGCAAACCAUUUUUGGAAUGCACUCAAUUUGGAAAUACGCGAAAGGGCGACCUACCAAUUCAACAUGACUUUCAGUCAGGUAGUAGCUCAGGGUCUCCAGGGGGAGGAGCUUUGGAAGGAAAGGCAAACAAGGGAUGCAAAGGAAGCAGAAGAAAGAGCCCAGGUGAUCAUUCACCCUCCACGACGAGAGGGGAAGUAUGAACUUCAGAGCAAGGGGAACUCUAACAAGUUAGUUCCGUUUUUCAGUAAGAGCCAGGACUUGGUAAGUCAAAGCUCAAGCACUCGGGGCAUGGGGGCACCCAAAUGUGAGAAUUGUAGGCGAAGGCACUAUGGGAGAUGUCGAGAGCCAUCUAGAUGUUACUUUUGUGGAGAAACAGGCCACAUCAAGGUCCUUUGUCCUCAACGUGCGCGUGAAGGAACAUCAGGAGCUAGAGGAGGGGUCACGGGGGUUGAAAACCCAACUAGGGUUGCCUCAAACAUGGUACCUUCUACAAGUCAAUGGCGAACUCGCUCGUGAAGGCCGGGAAUGGCGGAAGCCAUUUGUUAGGCUCGACUUUGGCACAAGGUAUUAUUAAAUUAAACCUUAAUUUCCAUAAAUAUUUUUAUUUUCAAAAUUGUUAGCUUCAGAUAAUGAAGGGAGAAAUGUUUCUCAAGGUUCAAGCGUUAAUUUCGGGGACGAAAUUCCUGUAAGGGGGGGUGAACUUGUAACACCGGACCCGAAUUUUACCCAGAUAAUUAAAAUUUUUUCGUAAACUACUUGGUUAAAGAAGGUAAAUCAAGACUAAGAGUAGUCUUGAUAAAUGAGAAAGUUAAAAUUUUGUCCUAAAUUAAUAAAGGGUUAUUAAUUUAGACAUGGGACCACACGUGGUAUUUCAAGUUUAUAAAAUAUUACUAUUUUCCAAAACGAUACUAUUAUUAUGAUAGUAGGAAUGGGUCGUGGACCCCAUUGUUAUAAAGAGCGACAACUGGACGGCCGAACGGGCCAGGGCCACUAUUCGAUAGUGGGGAGUCCUUAAUUAUCGGACUAUCAAUAAUUCGUAGGACUACGAAUUUAUAACAGAAGAAAUAUAAAUAUUCUAAGAAACCAAAAUAAUGGGAUGAAUAAUAUUGAUUAACUUGGUAUAUUAAAGGAGGGUACUUUUGGAGGACCCUGCCUUAAAGAUAUUUUAUUUUGGGAACAAACAGAUAAGAUUUUAUCUGUUUUUACAUUUGGGAUCAUUUAAAAAGAUGUGUAACAUUUUAUUAAAAUGUCACAAAAUAUCAAUACACAUAUUGAGUCAUGAGAAAUUGCUAAUGAAUUUACGAGAUGACGUGUUCUCAUUUUUACUGAUACUUGAACGGUAAAUUGCACGUUGGGCCUACACUAGGAGCGGGGACCAUCCGAUAUUUACGGACCACAUAUUAUAUUCAUCUUGGUCUAGAUAAUAUUUAUAUGAUGGUGUAAAUUAAUGUUGAGCCAUAAAGUUGGCUUUUCGAUCAAGCGAGGUCCCAUUGCCGGUAUAGGUAAUUAAACAGAUAACAACCCGAAAUUUAUUUCGGCGACCACGAAAUUAAAGUGGGGUAAUAUAUAUUCAUUCUAGAGGCCAAUAUUGAUUGGAAGAAUGAUAUAUAUUUUAUUUGACCCGAUAAAAUGAAAUUUAAUUAAAACAGUCCGAAAAGUACAACUUUUGGUACCGAUUGUACACUUUUGGGACAUAAAGGGAUGACCUCCCACAUGGGUGGGGGCCACCCCACGACUUAUGGUCUCAAAUAAGUGAGGAGGACCAUGUUGGAGAGCUGGAAAUGAAUUGAGAUGAUGGGGGGAUUAAUCAAGUCAUCAAAUGAACUUCUCCCCCACACCAUUCACACAUGAGAGACAACAAGGACAUCUCACUCACCCACCCUCCUAUUAUUUCGGCCCUAGCAUCAAGUAGGGAGGAAAGGAGUCUCAAAAACAUCAUCUCCACCAGCUCUACUCGAGCUAAGAACAAGGGGAAAGAAGGAAGCAAGAAGAGAGGAGGCUGCCAACCAGUUCGUACAAUUUCAACCCUCGAGAUUGUUCACUUCAUAUCUCACGCAUCUCUUAUCCAAUAAGCUCGAGUAAGGUGUCAUUAGAUAGGUCUUGAAGAGAGCUUUCAUACGAGGUGCUGCACUUAAGGAUACGAGGUGUUUACAGCUCAAAAAGGGCAGAUAAACACACGAGGUCUUUUACCAAGAUAUUAUAGACUUCUCAAGGAAUCUAGGAGUGGCCGGAAAAGUCGCCGGAGCCGCCGGAGUUUUCGCCGGAAAAUUCAAAAGUCGCCGGAGUUCGAACAAAGAAGAUAAAAGCUUGCUAGCGUCAUUUCAAGGUUGAAGCUAGAGCUUACUUCCUGCACCCGUUGCUCGGGAGAUCGAUGGAGAGAAGACGUGGUUCGUGCUUCCUCUGGUUCUAUUUCUAAAUAAUUAAAUAAUGCUCAUGGAACUAUUUUGACUUAUAAAUUAAUGGAGCCUGCGAGCUCUUGUUUUACCCUUGUGUGGGUUCUUAUUAAACACUUAUAUUCCGCGAUGUGUUUAAUUGUAUGUUGAUGUUGUUAUGUAUGUUUACUAAUCGGUUUUGGCAUAUGUAUCUAACAGACGUCUUGUGCAAUUCGG